CACCAACGCCCCCAUGCACAGCCUGCUUUGUUGCAAUGUUCGAGCACGCCAUGCUGACAGCUCUGACACAUCGCGAUGGGAAAGAAACCGCAUCACAAUCAGAGAGUGAAACGUCCCUUGGUGACGCCAAAGGAAUCCCUCACGGCGCAGCUGAAACGCUUGGGUCAAGACAUCUCUGGUUUUGAUGAUCAGGGACGAGAGUACCCGAACCUAUGGGAACUUUGGCUGGUGCAAGGCCAGCAACGCGAGAAGUUCUAUCAUGUGAACGAAGCGUGGUGGGUGGAAGGCUAUGAAGGCCGUGCCACGCCGGAGGGCGCCAUGAUCGGCGACGACGGCAGCGAGGAGGACCUGCGCCACUCGGAGGCGCUGCUGCAGACGGCCCUCGAAGGUUUGCCUCGGCCCGGCAGCGCGCUGGACCUGGGCAGCGGCUUGGGCCGGGUGACCAAGCAGCUGCUUCUGAAGGUGGUGACUGGACGAGUCACGCUGGUGGAUCAGUCGGCCAAAUGGCUGAAAACCGCCAAGGCAUACUUGGGCGAAGAGGCGGCUUCGCGCUGCGCAUUCAUCCACAGCAAACUGGAAGCUUAUGAGCCGGACGACAUGUGGGACUUGAUUUGGAUUCAGUGGACUUUGCAGUACCUCAUUGACCAGGAUGUGGUGCAGCUGCUUCAGCGAUCCUCAUUCACUGCACUGAUGGUCUGCGGGGGAAGGGCUUGGAUCAAACGAUGCCACUUGGGAAACCCACCAUGGUUUGGUUCCAUACGCAGAAAAGGCACGCCAAUUCUUGUUAGUUGGAAGCUCAGAUGCUGGAAAUGCAAACAGACAGUAUUAGCAUCACAUGCAUUGCGUUUUGUUCAUUUUGGGUUGGGUCAGGUUUGACAGAUAUGUCUUUCUGGAUAUCUACAUCUCUUAGCAGUGUCCAACUGAGGAUUGUCGUGUUGUUUGUCCACGUCCGGCGUCAUUGUGCUGAAGGAGAAUCGCCCAGUUUACAGCAGAGAGGAGUGCUUCCAGAUGGAUACGCCAGGCAAGGAGGGUCGCUUUGACGUGACGCGUCCCAUCGCACACUUGCGAGUCCUGGUGGAGCUCGCAAAGCUCCAAGUAAGGCAUUUGGAGACCUGGGAUGAGUGUAGUUGCUGGGUCUUGAGCCCGAGUGAGACCGGACCGUCCUGCGAAGUGGACCCAGCCAGUGAGGAAG